AUGGCUCUAAGGGCCAAAAAACGAUACACACGAAUCAUUGUUCUCAUUGUCGAAUCCUCGGCUACAUAUUCAUUUCUAUUGCUCCUUUUUGCAAUAUCGUCCGUUGUACCGGCUUUAGGACAGCCCAAUUUUCCUGCGGGAAAUUUUUAUACAUAUGUGGAGGCGUUCUUAGGUGUUGCAUCGAAUAUAGGAUUGGUGCCAACAGUUAUGGUCUUCAUGCUCGCGAUUAAAGAGGAGAACACAGAUUCUGAGAUAUCCAACGUGACCGCAGAUGUAUCAGAUUUGAACUUUAAUCAUCGCCAAGCAGGUCAUGAGUCCAAGAGCCCUGGGACUGAGACAACUAAUUCAGCAUUGAAUACGACGAUGGGGAACGAGAACCGUAGAUCUCAGGAUGUUAAUUUCCAGGAUCCCGUGAACGAAAGGAAAUGUGAUUGA